UGUAUUCAUAGGAUAAGUAAUGAUACAUUAGUGACUUUUGGUUUGAUGAUUAUGUUUGGUAGAAUUUGUUGCUUACAUAUUUAUUUCUUUCCCAUUUCCCUCAACUUUAUUCCUUGAUUUCUUUGUAGCUGUAAGUUCUUCUAUGGCGGUUGUUGAUCUUUCCCUCUUUUGCUUUAGAUGCAGAGGAGCUUCCUGUUCGUUCUUCAAUUUUGAUGCCAUUUCUUCUGAUCCCUAAAUUUGAUGUGUCUGAAUUCUCUGUUGCUUCUUGCCUUCUACCUUUCCUACCUAGUAUUGCUUUGUUUGGUUGGCUGUCUUUUGUUCUUUCAACACAUCUGCUUCUCCUGAUUUUGAGAUGGACGAUCCUUGUUUUGAUGACUUUGAUCCUCGCACCAACUUUUCCAAGUUCUUGGAAGAAGCAAAACAUCAUGCCAAAGAAGAAACAGGAAGGAAAUGGUUGGCACAACAGAAAAAGAGCAAGAAAUCAUGGAAAAACACACUCUUCUCCUGGUUGAAUAGUGACAAAACGAGCAAAUCUCUUCCCAAACUAGAAAGAAAUUCUCACACAUCCAAUAAAAGACGUGUUCAUGUUUCGGGUCCGAUUUACACUGGAGCUACGACCGUCGAUGGCAGACCCCGACACCGUCCGACGUCUGGACCAAUUGCGAGUCUCUUCAAUCCAAGUAUGCGAACCGAGAUGGAGAUCCCUUAUAUGUGUCUCCACCAGCUCACUAGCCCCAUUCCUAAUCACUAUUAUGGUCCAAUUUAUCUUGUUACAUAGUCCUACAUUGCCUCAACUCAUCUUGGAGCCAGUGCAGCUUUGAAAUGUUCUGUCUUGCUUUGUUUUGUAUGUGUGAUGAAUAUUAUGAAUAUUAUGAAUGUUAUGAGCCAAGUUUGAUUCUUGGCCCUCUUCGAAA